CUCUCUUGAUACUGUAUUAGAAUUGAGCCGGGGGUGAGGAAUAGAAACGUAAGCGGGAGGGGGGGGGGGAAUGUGUUGAAGGAUCUUUCUCAGUGGCUAGCGACUUCAGACUGCUUUCAUUUAAGGCUAGGAAACCUUAGAGGGAAUGAGGAUUUCACCGGUGAUUGGAUUAGCCGAAGAGAAAAGCAUGAUCCAAAAGUCCAGUUACUGACAUUGUUAACAAUUGAAAAGCCGUCUCCCUCUUUUGGGAGAAGACAUCCCACUGUCCCCAAAGGAGAAAACACCGGAGCGAAGGGAAAGGGAGGAGAAAUUAAAAGUCAAAAGACAGUCUCUCUUAAUUUUUGUGUGUUUUCAACAUUGACUUCAAAAACCUUCUGAAACAGCACUUUUUUUUUUAACCCGAGUAAAAGUAAAGGCUGCGGGUUACGUACACCGUGGUAGCAAUGUGUUUCUCAACAGAAACAUCUCCGUAAAGAAUUUCCGAAACAACUAAGUGAGGGGGAGUCCAGCUCUCUAUUAAUACUUCUCUCAAUUCCCUUUGCCGGCUCUGUCUGUCUCGGGCUUGACAAUCCCUGAAUUCUUGCUCUAACCCCCACAUUGUGGGCUGACACAGUACCUAGUGGCUCUUGUCAGCUUGGUGGGGGCAGGGGGACCCCACCAACUCUGUCCAACUUCUCUCGAGCUGUCAAAUGCAAUUAGAGUAAGUUGAUCAGGGUUCGUUUCCAACUUAUCCUCUGCAGUUGGUUUCUAUUCUUGCUCCUCAUCCUCUUUUUACUAAGGCCCCUCCUCCACACCUCCUCCACUGCUCCCCCCAACCUCUGAAGACCUCUAUUCAUGUGGCCCUGAACACUGAGCUCACAUUGUCAAAACAGAUUUUCCUGCAAUAGCCAGCAAUAGCCUCCUUCCACCUCACCAUCCCAGAGGCAGCAGUCAUUGUGUCCACUAAGAUGGGGGACACAGCGCCCCCGCAGGCCCCCACAGGAGGGCUAGGAGGGGCCCCUGGGGCGGGGCUCCUUGGAGGGGGCUCAGUCACCCCAAGAGUGCACAGUGCUAUUGUGGAGCGCCUCCGGGCUCGGAUCGCCGUCUGCCGCCAGCACCACCUGAGCUGUGAAGGACGCUAUGAACGUGGUAGAGCUGAGAGCUCGGACCGGGAAAGAGAGAGCACCUUGCAGCUCCUGAGCCUUGUCCAGCAUGGCCAGGGGGCAAGGAAGACUGGCAAACACACCAAGGCCACUGCGGCUGCUGCCACCACUACAGCCCCUCCACCGCCCCCUGCUGCCCCGCCUAUAGCUUCCCAAGCAUCAGCGACAGCAGCCCCACCGCCCCCACCAGACUAUCACCAUCACCACCAGCAGCACCUGCUGAACAGUAGCAAUAAUGGUGGUGGUGGUGGGAUUGAUGGAGAGCAGCAACCACCAUCUUCAGCCCCCGGAGACCAGAGGAACUCAGCCCUGAUUGCGCUCCAGGGUUCCUUGAAAAGAAAACAGAUAGUUAACCUGUCUCCUGCCAACAACAAGAGGCCCAAUGGCUUUGUCGACAACUCAUUCCUUGAUAUCAAAAGAAUCCGUGUUGCGGAGAACCUCUCUGCAGGACAAGGGGGCCUCCAAGUAAAUAAUGGACAAAGUCAGAUUAUGUCAGGGACCUUGCCUAUGAGCCAAGUACCCCUGAGAAAGACUAACAAUCUGCCCCCCCAUACACAUUCUCCUGGCAAUGGCAUGUUUAACAUGGGCUUAAAAGAAGUAAAGAAGGAACCAGGAGAGGCUCUGUCUUGCAGUAAGCACAUGGAUAACCAAAUGACCCAGGAGAAUAUUUUUCCUAAUAGGUACGGAGAUGACUCCGGAGAGCAAUUGAUGGAUCCUGAACUGCAGGAACUGUUCAAUGAACUGACCAACAUAUCUGUGCCUCCAAUGAGUGACCUUGAGCUGGAGAACAUGAUCAAUGCCACCAUAAAGCAGGAUGAUCCAUUUAACAUUGACUUGGGUCAGCAAAGCCAGAGGAGCACUCCCAGGCCCUCCUUGCCUAUGGAGAAGACAGUGAUCAAAAGUGAAUACUCCCCUGGUCUCACCCAGGGCCCGUCGGGCUCUCCUCAGUUGAGGCCGCCAUCAGCUGGCCCUGCGUUCUCGAUGGCCACGUCGGCCCUGUCCACUUCAUCCCCAGUUCCUUCAGUCCCUCAGAGCCAGGCUCAGCCUCAGACAGCCUCAGGAGCAAGCCGGGCCCUGCCAAGCUGGCAGGAAGUAUCCCACGCCCAGCAGCUCAAGCAGAUCGCCGCAAACCGCCAGCAGCAUGCCCGGAUGCAGCAGCACCAGCCUACAAACUGGUCAGCCUUGCCCUCUCCCGCUGGGCCAUCUCCAGGUCAAUUUGGGCAGGAGAAAAUCCCCAGCCCUUCUUUUGGUCAGCAGCCAUUCAGCCCACAGAGCUCUCCCAUGCCUGGGGUAGCCGGUGGCAGCAGCCAGUCGAAAGUGAUGGCUAACUACAUGUACAAGGCCAGCCCCUCGGCCCAGGGAGGGCACCUGGAUGCACUCAUGCAGCAAAAGCCUCAGGAUCUCACUCGAAGUUUUAUUAACAGCUCACACACGGCCAUGGAACCCCGUCUUGGCAACACCAAGCCUUUGUUCCAUUUUAACUCAGAUCAAGCAAACCAACAGAUGCCUUCUGUUUUGCCUUCUCAAAACAAGCCUUCUCUCCUACACUACACCCAACAGCAGCAGCAGCAGCAGCAGCAGCAACCACAGAGCUCGAUUGCAGCUCAGCAGCAACAACAACGACAGCAGCAGCAACAGCAGCAGCAGCAGCAGCAGCAACAACAGCAGCAGCAGCAGCAACAACAGCAGCAGCAACAGCAACCACCAUCCCAGCCCACCCAACCUCUGUCAAACCAGCCUUUGCUAAGGUCGCCCUUGCCACUUCAGCAAAAGAUCCUGCUUCAGAAAAUGCAGAAUCAGCCCGUCACAGGAUUAGGAUACCAAGUCUCCCAACAGCACAGACAGGAUCAACACUCUGUGGUAGGCCAGAACACAGGCCCCAGUCCAAGUCCCAACUCCUGCUCAAAUCCAAACACUGGAAGUGGUUACAUGAACUCCCAGCAAUCACUGUUGAAUCAGCAGUUGAUGGGAAAGAAACAGACUCUACAGAGGCAGAUCAUGGAGCAGAAACAGCAACUUCUCCUGCAGCAGCAGAUGCUGGUGGAUGCGGAGAAAAUUGCUCCACAAGAUCAGAUAAACAGACAUUUGACAAGGCCACCCCCGGAUUACAAAGACCAAAGAAGAAAUGUGGGUAACAUACAACCAACUGCUCAGUAUUCUGGUGGCUCAUCAACAGUGAGUUUAAACUCUAACCAGACUUUGGCAAACCCAGUUUCAACGCACAGCAUUUUAACUCCAAAUUCCAGCCUUAUGUCUACUUCCCAUGGAACAAGAAUGCCAUCGUUAUCCACAGCAGUUCAGAACAUAGGGAUGUAUGGGAAUAUGCCUUGCAAUCAACCUGGCACAUACAGCAUCUCUUCAGGAAUGAAUCAAUUGACCCAACAGAGAAACCCAAACCAACUGAUAACAAAUCAAAACAACCCUCUAAUGCCACGACCACCUACCUUAGGGCCAAGUAGUAAUAAUAAUGUGGCCACUUUUGGAGCUGGACCUGUUGGCAAUUCACAACAACUGAGGCCAAAUUUAACCCAUGCUAUGGCAAGCAUGCCUGCGCAGAGAACAUCGAACGUAAUGAUCACAAAUAACACAACAGCACCCAACUGGGCCUCCCAAGAGGCAACAACCAAACAGCAGGAAGCCCUGAAGUCCGCAGGAGUCCGCUUCCCCACAGGUACACCUGCAGCCUAUACUCCAAACCAGUCAUUGCAACAAGCGGUAGGUAGCCAACAAUUUUCCCAGAGGGCAGUGGCUCCUCCUAAUCAGGUAACACCAGCAGUGCAAAUGAGACCUAUGAGCCAAAUGGGCCAGACAUUGAAUGGACAAACCAUAGGUCCACUCAGAAGUUUGAAUCUCAGACCCAAUCAGCUAAGCACUCAGAUUUUACCCAAUUUGAACCAGUCAGGAACAGGGUUGAGUCAGUCAAGGACAGGCAUAAGCCAGCCACCAUCUCUGACACCUGGCAAUUUUCCUUCGCCCAACCAAAGUUCCAGAGCUUUUCAAGGAACUGACCAUGGCAGUGACUUAGCUUUUGACUUUCUCAACCAACAGACUGAUAACAUGGGCCCUGCCCUAAACAGUGAUGCUGAUUUCAUUGAUUCUUUAUUGAAGACAGAGCCUGGUAAUGACGACUGGAUGAAAGACAUCAAUCUUGAUGAAAUCUUGGGGAACAACUCCUGAAGGAGAAAAGGGAGACAAUUCACCAACUCCAAGCAAGCACUAGAAGGCAGUAUUUUACAAGGACUCUGGAAAGGCUAACUGUUGACUUUUAGUAGGACUGCAUGAAGAUACCGUGGCUUAAAAGUGGAAAGCAGAAAGUAAAUGUGCUGAUGUACAUUUUGGUCCAAAUGCUCGUUUUCAAUCUCAAACCUGAAAGUAAAACAUUGGGAUCACUUUUCCCUGCCUAAACCCCAGGACACAGUAUCCAAUUUGUCCAAACAGAACUGUAAUGUUGACAUGUAAUUAGCUGUGCAAAAUAGGCUCCCCAAGUUCCUCCUCUCCCUGAAAGAAAAGUAAUACAACUUUUAGCUUGUUUAAAUCCCAUGUCAUGCAGAGGUAUUAGUUCCAAUCAACAAGCAACAAAUUCCUUAAUUUGCUCUAAUAGAUAUAUGUGGUUUCAUGUUUCCACUUUAUCUGUUCAUUUAGUUUUCCUAAAACUCCCUAGAUUGAAAUGGUACAGGUUUGCUUGGAGUAACCAAAAACACUGUCUUAAGUAAAGAAAAGCUGGAGAAACUAGAGGAUAUCCAGUGAAUUGUAGAAUAUCUUUCUCAGAUUCACCCCUCACUUUUUCAGUUUUCCCACUGAUCCUGUACCUCAGUAAGAUGCUGUAUCUAGUGAUGGAACAUGAGUGCAGAGCUGUCCAACUGUAUUUGGACUUCCACAACCAAUUUCCAAGUCCAUUCUCAAGUGUUAGAUACAAUCACAACCUGUCCAUGUUAUAGUGAAAUAUUACUGCACAUACAUCUGCAUCAGAUUUCACAAUUUAAAAAAGAAAGCACCCCAUCGGGCAUUGCUAUAAAGGAGAUGUAUUUGGCCACAAAUAACCUGGGUUGUUGUGUAUUGUAAUGGUCCCUGCUGGUCAGUUCCCAAGUAGAGUUAAAUUGAGUCUGGUCCUCGCUGAUUAUUUUGAUGACUAGGGACUGAUUGGAAAGAAAAGGAAGUUUGGAGGUCAAAACUGAGAUUAGAAGGUACCAUGUUUGGUAGAAGACAAGAAACAAAAGAUCAGACAAAGGAUGG